GCUUAGUACGGUAUCCAACUCCGAGAGAGUAAUGAAUGGCAUGAGCGUUGCUUUACUAUUUUUGACAAGCCAUAUCAAUGCGCUACAUUGGAACAUACGCUACCUAAUAUCGGUUUGAACUUUUAUUCACAUUUAUUCACUAGGCAUAAACCAGACAAGGAGAAGAAGAAGACCGAGUUGGACUAAUUAGUCUACUACUAACUCGAAUCAAUAACCCAACUGAAAACUGACACAAGCUUCUACAUUUUCAUAUUUGUCAAGCCGAAAGGGAUCUUGCUUCUGGACAUGUGAAUCAAAGGAGUUACUGCGAACCCCUGAAAAUGAAGCUACUAGCAUCGGUUCUGUGUUGCUUGGGCUUUCUGCUCACUUCUGCGCUGUUUCGGAGGAUCUCUUCACAAGCAGUAUGCGCCGGCACAGAGAACAAGCUGAGUACUCUGUCAGACCUGGAGCAGCAGUACCGCACCCUAAGGAAGUAUUAUGAGAACUGUGAGGUGGUGAUGGGGAACCUGGAGAUCACCAGCAUCGAUCGCUCCAGAGACCUCUCCUUCCUCAGGUCUAUCCGUGAGGUGACAGGCUAUGUGCUGGUGGCUCUGAACCAGUUUGACUACCUGCCGCUGGAGAACCUGAGGAUCAUCAGAGGAACUAAGAUGUAUGAAGACCGCUACGCUCUGGCGAUCUUCCUCAACUACCGCAGAGAUGGGAACUUUGGCUUGCGCCAGCUGGGACUGAAGAACCUCACAGAGAUCCUACAGGGUGGUGUCUAUGUCGACCAGAAUAAGUUCCUGUGCCACGCAGACACCAUACACUGGCAAGACAUCGUCAAGAACGCCCGCGUCAGCCCUCUGGUUGUGCCAACCAAUAGCAGUGUUACAUGUCAGAAGUGUCACGUAUCCUGUAAUGGUCGCUGCUGGGGCCCAAAGGAGGACCAGUGUCAGACCUUGACUAAAACCGUGUGUGCUGAGCAGUGUGACGGUCGCUGUUUCGGACCCUGGGUCAGUAACUGCUGCCAUCGCGAGUGUGCAGGAGGAUGCUCCGGACCCAAGGAUACGGACUGCUUCGCUUGCACCAACUUCAACGACAGCGGGGCGUGUGUGACCCAGUGCCCCCAGCCCCAUGUAUACAACCCCACCACCUUCCAGCUGGAAAGCAACCCCAGAGCCAAGUACACCUACGGAGCCUUCUGCGUCAAGAAGUGCCCACAUAACUUUGUGGUGGACCACAGCUCCUGUGUGAGGGCUUGUCCCAGCAACAAGAUGGAAGUAGAAAAUGACCGCAUCAAGAUGUGCAUCGCCUGCACUGAUAUCUGUCCAAAAGCCUGUGAUGGUAUAGGUACAGCCAGUCUGCAGUCAGCCCAGACUGUGGACUCCAGCAACAUAGACAAGUUCACCAACUGUACCAAGAUCAAUGGAAACCUGGUCUUCCUCAUCACUGGCAUUAAAGGGGAUGUGUACCACAACAUUGAGGCUCUGGAUCCAGAGAAACUGAAUGUGUUUCGGACUGUUAGGGAGAUUACAGGUUUCCUGAACAUCCAGUCGUGGCCAGAGAACAUGACAGACCUGAGUGUCUUCUCCAAUCUGGCAACCAUAGGAGGUAGAGCACUGUACAGUGGUAUCUCCCUCCUAGUGUUGAAGCAGCGGUGGAUCUCGUCCCUCCAGCUCCAGUCCCUGAAUGAGAUCAGUGCUGGUAAUGUGUACAUCACCAAUAACAGUCAGCUGUGCUACUACAACACCGUCAACUGGACUGGCCUGUUCAGAGCCAACAACCAGAAGGUCCUCAUACGGAACAACAGAGACCCCAAAGAGUGUACUACUGAGCGGAUGGUGUGUGACCCUCUGUGUUCGGACGCUGGCUGCUGGGGGCCGGGACCAGACCAGUGCCUGGCCUGUCGCUACUUCAGCCGGGGACGCAUCUGUGUGGACACCUGCAACCUCUAUGAAGGGGAGGUGCGUGAGUAUGCCAACGGCUCGGUGUGUGUGGAGUGUGAUUCCCAGUGUGAGAGAGCAGACGAUUACUCUCUGACCUGUCAUAGCCCGGGUCCGGAUCACUGUGUGAAGUGUCUCCACUUUAAAGAUGGUCCUAACUGUGUGGAGAAGUGUCCCGACGGCCUUCAGGGGGCCAUCAGCUUCAUCUUUAAAUAUGCAGAGGCCAACAACGAGUGUCAUCCCUGUCACUCCAACUGCACGCAGGGGUGUAUUGGACCCAGACUGCAGGACUGUAUUGGCAUGAUGGACAGGACUCCCUUGAUUGCUGCCGGGGUGAUAGGGGGCCUCUUCGUCGUGGUCAUUGUGGCUCUGAGUGUAGCCGUGUCUGUCCGCAGGAAGAGCAUCAAGAAGAAGAGAGCCCUGCGACGCUUCCUUGAGACAGAGCUGGUGGAGCCCCUGACACCUAGUGGUACAGCCCCUAACCAGGCCCAGCUCCGCAUCCUCAAAGAGACUGAACUCAAGAGGGUCAAGAUACUGGGCUCGGGGGCCUUCGGCACCGUCUACAAGGGUAUCUGGGUGCCAGAGGGUGAGACAGUGAAGAUCCCGGUCGCCAUCAAGAUCCUGAACGAGGCAACGGGACCCAAGGCUAAUGUGGAGUUCAUGGAUGAGGCUCUGAUCAUGGCUAGCAUGGAGCACCCCCACCUGGUCCGUCUCCUGGGGGUCUGCCUGAGCCCCACCAUCCAGUUGGUCACCCAGCUCAUGCCCCACGGCUGUCUGCUCGACUACGUCCAUGAACACAAGGACAACAUCGGCUCCCAGCUGUUGCUCAACUGGUGUGUUCAGAUCGCCAAGGGUAUGAUGUAUCUGGAAGAGCGGAGACUGGUGCACAGGGACUUGGCUGCCCGUAACGUGCUGGUCAAGUCCCCCAACCACAUCAAGAUCACUGACUUUGGUCUGGCUCGGUUGCUGGACGUCAAUGAGAAGGAGUACAACGCAGACGGGGGCAAGAUGCCAAUCAAGUGGAUGGCCUUGGAGUGUAUCCACUACAGGAAGUUUACACACCAGAGUGAUGUCUGGAGCUACGGGGUGACCAUUUGGGAAUUGAUGACAUUUGGGGGGAAGCCCUAUGAUGGCAUCCCGACCCGGGACAUCCCAGAUCUGCUGGAGAAAGGAGAGCGUCUUCCCCAACCUCCCAUCUGCACCAUAGAUGUAUACAUGGUCAUGGUCAAAUGUUGGAUGAUAGAUGCAGACAGCAGGCCCAAGUUCAAGGAGCUAGCUGCAGAGUUCUGUAGGAUGGCCCGGGACCCUCAGCGUUUUCUGGUCAUCCAGGGUGAUGACCGUAUGAAGCUGCCCAGCCCCAACGACAGUAAGUUCUUCCAGAGCCUGCUGGAUGAGGAGGAGCUGGAGGAUCUGAUGGAUGCUGAGGAGUACCUGGUUCCUCACGCCUUUAAUAUCCCACCGCUGGCGUACACACCCAGGACACGUGUUGACUCCAACAGGAACCAGUUUUUGUACCAAGACCCUAGUUUCGUCAUGGAAGACAUGUUGGGUACCAUGGGGACCAUCCCACGGGUGCUGUCCCUGUCUGCAGUCCCAGGGUGCAGGCCCCCAGGGGACCCGUCUGUAGGGGGGCAAAGCGGCAGCGGGCAAGAGGAUAAACGUUUCGAAGACCAGCGCUGUAACGGCACCCUGAGGAAGCAGGCCUCACCCCGGCCCGCGGGACCUCCAGGACAAGGCGGAGCCCCAGCCUCAGGUCCAGGGGAGGACAGCAGUGGACAGCGCUACAGUGCAGACCCCACCAUCAUGCUGGGGGAGAGAGGAGCUAGAGGAGACACAGACCAGGAUGGAUACCUGACCGCCAUGAGGGAGAAGGCCUCCUCAGACUAUCUCAACCCUGUGGAGGAGAACCCGUUCGUGACGCGCCGGAGGAACGGAGACACCCUGACCCUGGACAGCUGUAACCCCUACCAGGUGGCCCCCAUAGGUCCCCAGCAGGCCGGCUCCGGCCCCAGAGUGGAUGACGAAUACGUCAACGAGCCCCUCUACCUCAACACCUUCCACAACCCCGGAGGACCAGGGCCAGGAGACGGAGACUACACCGAUUAUACCCUGAAAAAGAACGGAGUCCCUGGGGGACACAACCCUAUCCUCGCCACCCUUACCAGCCAAACAGGCACCACUGGCGUCACUGCUGGCCAAUCAGGCACCACCCAGGCAGGGAACCCCUCCCACAGCGUCCAGGCAGCCAACGCCCACGCUGUCUCCGCACAACCGGGAUACGCUGCACCUCCGGGGCUCGGCGCAGCCGGCUCUCACCCAGGGCACAUCCUGCACCCAGGUCACCCUUCCCACUCCGGGUACACCCUCCACCCCGGUCUCACAGGCACCAUCAUGGUGGACAAGAAGACCAGACAAGACAAGAACAAGACGUUUGACAAUCCAGAGUACUGGCAGCAUAGCCUCCCUCCCAAAGCCACCCUGCACAACCCCGAGUACCUGCAGGACUGCAGCACGCGCUUCUUCUACAGGCAGAACGGACGUAUCCGGCCCGCCGUGGCCGAGAACCAGGAGUACCUGACGGAGUUCGCCCUGAAACCCGGGACCGUGCUACCGCCCCCGCCCUACAGACAGAGGAACACUGUGGUGUAACGUGGAGUAGUGAGGAGGACUGGGUGAGAAGAGGAGGAAGACAAGGGGAGGAGGAGGAGUGAGGGGGAUGUACGGAGGAAGAAGGGCAAGAUCGUGGGAGGAUGGGAGGAGGAGAGAGGACUGAGUGUGAGAGGGAGGAGGAGAAAGAAGUGAAGACGUGAAGGAGGAGGAGUGGACAGUCCCUCUCACACUCAGUCACGCAGUAUUUACGUAUCAAUGCAUCAACCUUGGUUCCCUCCACCAGCACUGGACUGACACAUCUAUAUCUGUCUGUCUAAUUACAGUAAAUUUACACAGAAAUAUCACAGUAAUAUUAUUGUAAUAUACAAAAUGCUGAGAGCCUCCUACCACCCAUGAACCCAGGACUGAUGAGCACCUCUCUGUCUGUAUCUAUCUGAUUUAUACUGGAUUACAGUAACAUUAUAGUAAUAUACAUACUGCUGAACCCAGUACUAAUGUGCACAUUGCUAGCCUCCCCUUCCACUAAGCCCCUCUUAGCCAACCUUAAUUACUCCUCUACCACACCCACUACUCUCCCUCAGCUCCGCCUCUUCAGUGUUGAUCACACAAACAGGCACCACCCACUCUUGGGAAACGGUGGACCUCUCUCUCAUGUGACUUUGUCCUCUUCCUGACUCCGACUUUAUACUCCUUUAGACUCCAGCUUCACCAAUAACAACUAUAACAACAGCAGAACGCUAAAGGAACAGUGACAUGUAAUGACUACUGACAGACAAUAACACCCUCCCCCAGAAAAACCCACUACAAGACUAUUGUUUGCUCAUUAUCUUACCUACACUAUUUUAUAAGUAAGAACCAACCAGUAAAUCCCCGUUUAUACACAACACUACACUUGAAGCACCACAUGUUCCAACUGGUUUCAUUUGUAGCAAUCCACCAACAACACGGACAGUAAUGUCAUGAGAGCUGUUGGUGGGCAGGACAGCAGGUUCAUAUAAGAGGAAAUGUAUACAUCUAUGUAUACACUGCUGUUCCAUCACUGUCUGCCAAGCCCCAGCCACGCCAUUCAUCUGUCUCAUAACGUGGAGGAUGAAUUCAUGUCCGCUGACUGGACUGACUGGCUGGCUGGCUGACUGGACUGACUGGCUGGUUGACAUGGUUUAAACCCCUCUGAAUACAUAAUGCAAUUAAAUCAUGGAUUGUACAGCACAGCUCAUAUCCUCUAUAACAUGUUCAUUUGUAUCUCGCAAAGAAGGAAGAUGUGCUCCCAACCUUGACACACCAAUAACCCUGUACAUGUAUGUUAUAGUCACACACACAAACACAUACACACACACACACACACACACACACACACACACACACACACACACACACACACACACACACACACACACACACACACACACACACACACACACACACACACACACACACACACACACACACACACACACACAGCGUUAGCGUCGUGUGCAUUCCGUUUUGGACCAGGAGCUCCGUUGACCUUGGGUUCUAAAGCAGUGGGGAUAGCACCAGCCAAGGCAGUGCAGCAGCAUGAGAAGACAAAGUCACAGCAAGUAAAUGGCAGUGUUAUACUGUAUGUAAAGCUGGAAUGGCCUACGUUGAACACACUGAAAUACAUCAGGCAGAAAGUGCCACAGCCCAGGAUUUACGAGGGAAUGCGCUUAUCAGUAAGGAGAGGAUCUCAACCACCCAGCCAUACUGUUAUAACUUCUAACCCACAUGACUUCUGAGGCAGACAAAUCUGGAUCUGGAUCAAUGCUGUUAUAGAAUAUAGAUUGGAAACUGCUGUGUGUUGCAGUAUUUUUUAACCGAUAAACCCGGUCUGUCUGUUCGUUCCCCUAUCAGAGCUGGUUACAAAGACCUCAGGAGACAGGACUGAUGAGGUGAUGGGGACUGAAGUUUGAACUGGACUGGAUAGAUAGACAGUUGGAGGAGAAAUAGAUGGCAGGGUCAUGUUCAUUAGGCACCAAAUGGAAGACAAUGGACUGAAACAGGGAGGGACUACCUGGACAUUGCAAAAUGUUUUGUUACGGUGUGAACGUGACCCACGUGUGUGGAGGACUGGAGAAUUCUGGGGCCUGGAUAGGUGGCGGGCAGCAGACACCAGUCUGUCUGGGAUAAGAGAGGCCUAAAAACUUGAUCUGGUCUUGGGUCUGGUCCUGGGAAUAAAGGAGGACAACUAAGCCCUGAUGUGAUGGACACAACCAUGGAGGAGAGUCAUUGAGAGUUCUGGUCAAGCUGGAGAGGACAAGCCUGAGAACCUGAUCUGGUCUUGGGUCGGCCAUGGCCAGUGAGGAGUGAACACAUGGACACAUGGAAAUACACAGGAAAUAAACCUAGUAUACGCCAAGCAGACUCAUCAUUGGUGGAUAUGUUCUGUGGAAUAAUAUAUUCAUUUUGGGGAGAAAUUGGGGAUGGAUAGCAUCAGAUUUGGACAGUUGAAAUACUCAAAUUAUAUUAUGUCAUGCCAUGUAGAAUAGUAUUGCAACUAGAACCAUGUCAAACUGGUCCCUAAAACUAAGACUUUUGCUCCACCCCAAAAUGUCUCUCCCCCUUCUACGUACAGUACAGGGGCAUCCACCCCAAAAUGUCUCUCCCCCUUCUACGUACAGUACAGGGGCAUCCACCCCAAAAUGUCUCUCCCCCUUCUAAGUACAGUACAGGCGCAUCCACCUCAAAAUGUCUCUCCCCCUUCUACGUACAGUACAGGGGCAUCCACCCCAAAAUGUCUCUCACCCUUCUACGUACAGUACAGGGGCAUCCACCCCAAAAUGUCUCUCCCUCUUCUACGUACAGUACAGGGGCAUCCAUCCCAAAAUGUCUCUCCCCCUUCUACGUACAGUACAGGGGCAUCCACCCCAAAAUGUCUCUCCCCCUUCUACGUACAGUACAGGGGCAUCCCUCUCCAACAAUUUGCAAUCAAGAUGGGAAAUGAAACUGUGCCAAAACAUUUGGAGAGAUUUCCUUCCUCCACAAUGACAUUUUCAUGAAGAAAAUGCAGGAGCUACAGCAGAUCAAGGACAUUGAACACUUUUCUAUUCAUGUUUGACAAUAAUGACAGUACAGGUAGACAGACGACGUAUCUAUGGCAGGCCAGGUCCAUGUGUUCCACAGAAUACUGCCAGAGGAUUUUUGUUUUCGCUGCUAGUAGAGGGGAAGUACUGUCAAGACAAAAUAAAUAGUUAGAUUUGGGCCUUUUUGAGUUUUGAUAGGACUUAUUAACCAUUUUGGCACAGACAAACCUCUCCAUUGUUUCCCCAGACAGAGGAACAUCAGGUUCUCAAUACAUUUACAUUUAAUGAUGUAUUAUCUGUUGCAUCACAGCUAUAGAAAAGGCAGGCAGCCUACCCCAUUUCACUGUUAUUUUUCUCAUUGUGGCUUCAGUUUGUACGAUCCAGAGAUGCAGCACUUUAAUGAAGACUAGCAGAAGUAAACGAUGGUGGAAGAAGAGAACAAGGACAGUAGUAACGGUCUAGAAGCACUGACAGGAGAACUAGAAGGCUCUCCACUCCAAUGAAAAUAGAAUGAAAUGUCCGGGAGUUUUUGGAGAGGCAUCGUGUUACAUUUUGCUUAGUUUAGCCAAACACAGAUGUUUCCUGGAUUAUGUGUUUAUCUCCAGUUCUCCUCCUUUAUGAAAAAGAAUGACAUGCCAAUUAAGAUCCAUCUAAUUGGUAGAAUCGUGAAAGUAGUCCUUGUAGACAAAGCUACUUUGGUAGCAUCGCUAAAGAGUUUAUAGUCCUAGCGGACAAAGCUCCAUCGGAAUAACCACAGGAGGAUAUAAGGUCUGUUUAGAUAGCUGAUCACAACGCACUACAGAGUCUAGUGCCUGUAAACAAACCUACAGUGGUAGAAUCACUACAGAGUCUAGUCCCUGUCUACAAACCUACAGUGGUAGAAUCACUACAGAGUCUAGUCCCUGUCUACAAACCUACAGUG